GCUUGGCAGAUCCACCAGCCAGUUCCUCUCAGGUGUUUCAGGAUCCCGGGGAGCCAAGCAAGGGACUGGGUUCUGGAAGCAUCGAGGACCGAACCAGGGGUCUCUGUCUCACAUCUGUGGCAGAUAAACAGGACCAUCUUUCCCGGCAGCAACAUUUACUGCAUCUGGCUGUGAAACCAUGUGGAAAGGGGCUGUUGUUUGCUUCCUGCUUCUCCAGCUGACGGUUGCUGUGGCAGGAGGCCGUCCAUGCUCUGCCAGGAAUUUUGGGCAUGGCUCAUUGGUGUGUGAAUGUGGGGCUUCCUACUGUGACACCUUGGAGCCUGUCUCCCUCCUUCCUCUGGGUUCCUACGUCAAGUAUGAAAGCAACAAAGCUGGGUCGCGUGUGGAGCGCAGUGAAGGAGUCCUGCACGGUGACCCUCCAGGAAAAGAAACCCUCACUCUGGAGAUCAAGACAUCCCAGAAAUAUCAAAAAAUCAAGGGCUUUGGUGGGGCCUUGACAGAUUCGGCGGCAAUCAAUAUCCUGGCGCUUUCUCCAAAGGCUCAGACCAAUCUCCUCAAAUCCUAUUUCUCAGAACAAGGGAUCGAAUACACCUUGGUCCGCGUCCCCAUGGCGAGCUGCGAUUUCUCCGUGAGGCUCUAUACGUACGACGAUUCGGAGGACGACUUUGAGCUGAAAAACUUCAGCCUGACGGAGGAAGACACCAAAAUGAAGAUCCCAAUCCUUCAGCAAGCCCAAGCCGUGGCCAAGAAGCCACUUGCCCUCUAUGCCAGCCCUUGGACGUCCCCAGUGUGGAUGAAGACCAACGGGGCCAUGACAGGCCGGGGGACUCUCAAGGGGAAACCGGGAGACCGAUACCACAAGACCUGGGCCAACUAUUUCAUCAGGUUCUUAGACGAAUACGCCAAGCAUAACUUGACUUUCUGGGCUGUGACGGCUGGGAACGAGCCAACGGCUGGCGACAUCAUCUUUUACCCCUUCCAGUGCCUGGGCUUCUCCCCCGAGCACCAGAGGGACUUCAUCGCCCAAGAUCUGGGUCCUGCCUUGGCCAACAGCUCUUACAAGGGCAUUGAGCUGAUCAUUCUGGAUGACCAAAGGGUGAUGCUGCCAUACUGGGCCGAAGUGGUUCUCAAGGACCCUGUGGCGGCCAGUUACAUCAAUGGGAUCGGCAUCCACUGGUAUUUAGAUUUCUUGGCCCCCAUCGACUUGACUCUCUCCAUCACUCACCACCUUUUCCCCAAGUAUUAUCUCAUCUCCACCGAGGCCUCUACAGGAUCGUAUUUUUGGGAGCCCCGUGUGGUGUUGGGGGAGUGGGACCGCGGCAGCAAGUACAGCCACAGCAUCCUUGCGAAUCUCAAUAACUACGUCACAGGCUGGACGGACUGGAACCUUGUCCUGGACAUGGAAGGGGGUCCCAACUGGAGCAAAAAUUAUGUCGACAGUCCUGUCAUUGUAGACGCAGCCAACGAUGUGUUUUACAAACAACCCAUGUUUUAUCACAUGGCACACUUCAGCAAGUUCCUCCCGGAGGGAACCCAGAGGAUUGAGAUUCAGAGGAGCAAGUGGACCGACUUGGAAUAUUCGGCCUUCUUGCGUCCAGAUGGCUCAGCGGCUGUUGUUGUCUUGAACAGGUCCCACAAGGACGUCCCGUUUGUCAUCUCCGACCCAGGCGUGGGCCACAUCGAGGCCGUGUCGACCGCCGACUCCAUCCAGACCUACCUCUGGGAGCGGCCCAUGGAGGCAGCGGCAGCACCCCCCGCCCAGCAAUAAAUAUUCUGCGCCCGUGAGAUGGGUUGGCGUUAGCAGGGAGAAGGGGAGAUCGUGAAUUGGUUGCUGCAGGAGUCCUGGGGAUGGGUCUGCCAGCUCUGUGGGAAGGCCUGUAUGAACCAGGAACUGAACAGGGUGUUUUCUCUGCAGCUGGUGUUGGAUAGGUUUAACACUCUCUGUUUUACCCGGAGCAUAGCUGCCAAGUCUCCCGUUUUCCCCGGGAAACCCCCGUUUUUCCAGCUGUCCCCAGCUGAAAAACCGGAUUUUUUUGUUUCCCCCCGGUUUAUUCUGCCGCGGCGGCCAUUUUGGAACUGGGCGGAGCAUGCUCAGAAGCGACUUUUGAUGCUGCUCUGCCCAGUUCCAAAAUGGCUGCAGCGCGACUUCUGGUGCGGCAGCCAUUUUGGAACUGGGCACAGCAGCAUCAAAAGUCACUUCUGAGCAUGCUCCGCCCAGUUCCAAAAUGGCUGUCGCGCUACUUCCGGUAUGCUAAUUUCGGUCCGGUCCCUUAUUUUUCAGAGAGGAACUUGGCAGGUAUGACCCAGAGAGCAGACCUGUUAACAUUACUGGACCCAAGCUAGCCAUGCCCAUUACUUCCAGCGGGUCUACUCUGAGGAAGACCAGCAUCGACUGCAUAAAAAUGCCAUUAGGCAGGUGCCGGGGGGGGGCACACCUUUGACCCGAACGGCGUUGCCGAACGACAGCUCCCACCCGCGAGCGCGGCUGGUGGAAGUUGGAUUUGAACGACGUUCCUGUCUCCCAGCAGCCCCAGCAAGCAUGCCCAAGGGAUGAUGGGAGUUGUAGUUCAGCAACGUCUCAAAACCCUGCACUGGCUAUAAAAAACACCUAAGCCAGCCCUUUCUUUGCUAUUUGAGUUGCCAUUCAUUCCAUAGAGGGCUUUGCCAUGCCCACCUCACGGGGCUGAUCUCCUCCUCCUCCUAUCUCAGAUGUUUUCAUACAAUAAAUCAGUUUUUUUUCCCUUUUUCUAGAAA